AACUUUUGCUUAAAAUUUCUAUUUUUUGCAAAAUUUAUCAAAGUAAAAAAGUUAAAGCUAUUUCAUUUAGCAAUGUCUAAUUCAAAUGGAGAAAUCUUAGAGAAAACACCAUCAUCUGUUAAAGAAGAAGGUAAAACCGCUCAACAAAUCAAACGUAAACGCAAUCGGAAUCGAAAGAAGAAUGUUAAAGUAGAGAAUUUGGUAUCGAAGACUUUUCAAGCUAAAUUAAUUGCCAAUUCUCUGUUAUCUCAAAGCAACGCCGAAAAGCCAACAACUCCUCCCAAAACUGAGGUCAACAAAAACCCCGAAACCGAACUACCCAAAAACGAAUUGCAAGUAGAAAAUUUAUCGGCAAAGAGUAGUCCUACAAAAUUAGCUGCUCAAAAACCUCCAUCACCAACCAAAACUAAUCCCUUACCUGAAAUAAAUACUAAACCAAUAGAAUCCAAUACUAAAAUGGUUCAAACGCCAGUCGUUGAGAAGACGAGGGAGGAGAUCAAAGCCGAAAGAGAAGCAAAAAAGUUGGCAAAACAACAAGCUAAGAAAAAAGGCAAAGAUACUCCACAAAAAACUGAUGAAGGAACACCUUCUACAAUUGAAAAUGUUGAAGGUAAAGUUCUCCAAUCCACAACAAAGCCGAAUCAAGUUCAAAAUAACGAUAAAGAGCCUAAGACACAAGCUAAUAAAGGUCUUAAUUCCGCGGCUUCAGAAGAUACCAAGACAUUAGAGACGAAAAUAGCCUCUGUCAAUAUCUCAGAAACUGGUAAUAAAGCUGCACCGCCACCAAAAGAGGUGAAACCAGCUUUGACCAAAGCUGAAAGACGAGCAAUUCAAGAAGCUCAACGAGCUGCUAAAGCAGCUGCAGCAGCAAAAACUACGUCAAAGCCAGUAGCAAGUGCAAAACCAACGAACGAAAAGAAGCCAAUCAAUGCACUAUGUAAAGAGAAUUCAUCUCCUCGUGCAGCAGAAAAACUGCCAUUAAAGACAUCAAAAGAUUGCAAAGUGAAACUUUUCAAUCAUCUGGAAAGUUGCCGUAAAGAUUCAAAUUUAUUUGCCAACAAUGUGAAUAUUCAUCCAAUCAUUGUGAGAUUAGGUGAGCAAUAUGCUAAGCGGACUAUUGUAGGUUCCAAUGCAAGAUGUAUCUCGUUUUUGAGUGCACUUAAGAAGGUUAUUCAAGACUAUGAAACACCAGCGAAAAAGGAAUUUGCAAGAAGUUUAGAAACAACUAUCAAGAAUUGCGUUGAUCAUUUGCAUAAAUGUCGACCACUGGCAGUAUCUGUUUGGAAUGCCUAUAAGCAUAUAAAACAUGUAUUGACUCAACUAUCUGUCGAUCAACCAGAAUCUGAACUAAAAGAACAUCUUUGCCAUUUUAUCGAUACAUAUAUUGAGAAUCAAAUUGGAAAAGCAGCCGAAGCUAUAAGCAGUUCAGUUCAAGAUAAAAUCUCAAAUGGCGAUGUUAUUCUAACUUUCGGAUGCUCUUCCCUAAUUAACUUCAUUUUUGAAGAAGCACAUCGUCGAAAAGUUGAUUUCCGUGUCAUUGUAGUCGAUUCUAGGCCAUUUUUAGAAGGUCAAGAACUCUUGCGUCGAUUAACUGCUAGCGAAAUACCAUGUACUUAUGUCCUGAUAAAUGCAGUUGGAUUUGUUAUGCCAGAAGUCACUAAAAUAUUACUUGGUGCACACGCUCUUCUCUCCAAUGGAUAUGUAAUGGCUCGAACUGGUACAGCACAAGUUGCUCUUGUUGCACGAUCAUUCAAUGUUCCCGUAUUAGUUUGCUGCGAAACUCAUAAAUUUAGCGAACGAUUUCAAACCGAUGCAAUUGUCUACAACGAAUUGGGUAAUCCAGAUGACCUUAUAAUGAGUAAUAAAUGUCGCCUAAUGAAUUGGGAGUCUCAGAAUAAAUUGUGCCCGUUGAAUUUAAACUAUGACAUAACUCCACCAGAAUUAGUUACGGCUGUUGUGACGGAAGUUGCUAUAUUACCAUGCACAAGUGUUCCUGUGAUCUUACGAAUCAAGCCAACUGAAAUUGGAUAUUAAAUGCGGAUAUAAGAGACGAAAUAUUUUGGAUUUAAAAAUUUUUGAGAUAAGUUAAAGCUAUUGUUUUGUGAUUUAUUAAUAAAAUUAUGAAACACUUUCGAGAGAA